AGUGAAAGCGCGUGUAAGCAACACACUAACACCAAAGAAGCCAGUUACUCCACCUCAACCUGCAUAUGCACGCGCUAAUGACGCACGUGUGGUAGCGCGCACAGCGCAGAACAGAGCAGAUAUAUAUAUGUAAUGUAGAGAGAUAAUGGUAAAAGGAAAAAAGAUUAGAAAACGGAAACGCAUCGAAAGGCAAAGCAAAAACAAGAGCCAGAGGAUCUAGGGUUCCUUGGAUCUCUCUGCCGCGAAUUCAAUCUCUCUAAUAAUAUAUAUUCUGAUUGCUCUUUCUAUGUAUCUCUUUCUGUGCCUUGAUUUUAGUGUGAAUUCCGUAAAUUUUUAGGGAUUUUGAGAAUGGGUAAGUAGGGAUUUUGACAAGUAUUUGAAACAUAGUUCAAAAUCUAUCUAAAGCUAUUUUUUAAAAAUCAGGGUUUCGAAUUUGGGAGUUGAGCGUUGUAUAUACUCAGAAUCAAAUCGAAGCAGACCUAUUUACUGGUCAAUUGAAACAUUAAACAGGAAUUAGAAAAAGAAGAGCAUUUUGUUGAUCUGUAAAUAUGCGAGGAUUGCAGAAAUCAAAAAGAGUUACCUGGGCAUCGGAUGUUAAUCUUUGUCAGGUCAGGCUGUUCUUGACGGAGGAAUCUCCUUCACAAGUUGGAUUAGGUGCUCAAGAUCACCUCCAAGCAAAGGCAUCAUGGUUGUCACAUCCAGCUGGCACAGUUGGUGAUGAUAUUCUGCCUCCUGGCUUUGAAGGAGGUGCUCCAGUGAAUCAGUCAUAUGUUAAGUUGUCUGAUAUCCCUGUAAUCAAAUGGAGAUGUCCACCCAGGUUUGUCUUGGACUUGACCUGGCAAGUGGUUGCGGGAGAAGAAAGCAAAGAUGUGGAGGUCCAAAAUCAGCGGGAGAUGAGAGUGCUUGAAGCUGUUUAUCCUCGGCCAUCUUCCAUUCCUCCAAACCCCGCUUUCCCAGCAGAAGUAGAAGAUUUUAGACAGGGUGAUCAUCAAGUUCCUCAAAUUCCUAUUACACCCAUCGAAGAUGAAGAUGCCACUGAUGCGACUUCUGAUUUCAGGGGACCACAGAUUGUCCCUGUGAGCUCACAGUCCCAUCUAUUGGCUCCACUUCCUCAACGAAGCAUCCCUUCCAUUUCAAAUACUCGUAUUAAUGAGAAACCUGUUGCUGGGGUGCUGCCCGUCCCCGGUGUUGAACCUGAUGUAGUAGCUGCUGCAUCUGCUGCUUUUGCUGCUGUGAAUAAAAGCAAUGAGCAGGGAAGUUUAAUAGAUCAUGAUUUGCUCAUCAAAAUUCUUAACAACCCAAAAUUGAUAGAGAAGUUGGUUCAAGAUUAUGGAGCUGCCUCCAAUGGACAGAACGUACCUAAGCCAGCUCCAUCUUUUGUCCCUUUAUCAGAUCCUCCCCCUCCACCACCUCCAGUAUCUUUGUCGGAUCCAUCUUAUAUGCAUAUGAAUAGAACAGAGAUGAACACCACUUCAUCAUUUGCAGCCACGUCUAGUGGACCCUUUUAUGCUCAGCCAAAUGGGGCUGGACCAGGUUAUCUUCCAAAUGCCCAGGUUCCUCCACCAGCAGUUCCAGCUUCAUCUGUUGGAGUUCCACAAGUUAAAGACAUGAAUUACUAUAAGAACUUGAUCCAGCAACACGGGGGGGAAAGACAAGAAGCCCCUCAUCAGUACGGUAACAGAUACAGUCAGCUUGCAGGAACAAACCAAGAAUUAGUUAAUCCAAAGUCAAGAGAGUUGAAGCCUAAGAUUAUGAAGCCUUGUAUUUAUUUUAACAGUUCAAGAGGAUGCAGACACGGGGCCAAUUGUGCAUAUCAGCAUGACCCGUCGUUCCAGCAAAGAAGCAGCGCCAUAUCAGAGGUGCAAAGUGCUAAGAGAAUGAAAGUGGAUAGGGAAAUUAGCAGUUAAUCUUGCUGUUGCAUGUAGUUUUCGAGAUGAAAAUCCAUAUUGCAUAUCUACAUUUUUAUUUGAUACCUGCCUUGGUUUUGCUACAGAUAGUUCGCCUUCAUCACAUCCCUCUCUCUCUCUCACUCUCGUGGUACAUCAAUAUUUAAUUUAUAGGCAGAAUCCUCGAUAUUCCAAAUCAA